AUGGCCAAAUCAACCUCCAAAACCUCCAAACCCACCCCUACCAUCUCAAAAAGUGCCUCCAAACCGCCAGGUACCCUCCCCCAAACGCACCGCAUCCGCGACAACCAACGCCGCUCCCGCGCCCGACGCAAAGAAUACCUCUCCACGCUGGAAGCCAAACUCGCGCACUGCGAGCGGGUGGGCGUGGCGGCGAAUCAGGAGAUUCAGAGGGCUGCGCGGAGGGUGUUGGAGGAGAAUGUGCGGUUGAGAGGGGUUCUGAGGGGGUUGGGGUGGAGGGAGGGGGAGGGUGAUGGGGAGGGGGCGAGGGUGCUGGAGGGGUUGUUGGGACGGGUGGGGUGGGGGUGUGAGAGUGGUUUGAAGGAGCCAUCGGUGGUGGCGAUGUCGAGUGCUUCGGAUGUGAUGAUACGGCCAAGGCCUGCGCCUGCAGAAAUGGAUACGGUUGUGGAUCGUCAUCAACCUGAACUGAACGGUCUAUCAAGCGAUAGGAACAAGAGUACAAGCAACGAAACGACUACCACCACGAACGAGGAAGUAUCCAUCAUCUCCCCUCCUCCAAAUGCAUCCCACACGAACCACUCCCCUCAGCCCAACACCACCACCACUUCCCAACCCCCCCGAUCAAACUGCUCCUCCUGCAAAUCCGUCGCAACAGCCAUCCGCUCCAUCAGACCCGACGUCGGCACCGAACUCGAAGAAGACCUAGGCUGUCCGGUCAACGAUAACGAAGACUGCAGCGUCCCGAACACGCAGGCAUUCGAUAUACUUGACAGGUACUCGGAUGGAAGAGGAUGA